AUGAUGAGUAACGCAAACACCGCGGUAGCCCUUACGACACCGAUGAUCUCCGAAAGCAUUAACCACAAUGAUACUUCCGAUAGGUCCAUGUUUGUUCAGUCGAUGUACGCUGGUAGUUCUGGUUCAUACCUGAUUGAGCAAGAGCGAGCACGUAGAAAUCGUCCAAAGCCUCCUCCACCUGUUAAACCUGCAACACUUAAGAACAAAAUUUCCUGUAGAAGUACCCAAAGCUCCUUUCCACAAUCCUCGAGACUUGAAGUUUCAGUAGUUGAAGGAAAUUUGCCAAAAACUCUUUCUAAUACAAUCGAUUCACCCGAAAGAGCAAUAAACAAAGAAAGAAACAAUCAUAAAGCGAAAGUGAUGUGUACUUCGGAAGAUACCGUAACCGGUUCUGAUCCAUCGUUUGAAGCAAUACGAAUAACUGAUUUAUGUAUUGAAGAACUUAAGGGAGUUGAAAGUGGAUCGUCUACUUUGGAAUCUGCCGAGAGGUCAAAUAGUAGGACUGAAAUUACUAAUAAACGAAUAAAUUUUAUUAACGAAGAAAUCAAGAAACCUAAAAUAAAGCCACCGCCACCACCUAUUCAAUCUCCUCAACGUCCUUCUCAACUUGCGAAAGAUAGCAAUAAAAUUGAGACAGUUAGCAAAAAAUUAAAUUUGGAAAGUGUUUUUGACACUAACGAAAAUGCAGCGCAGGACAAAAUGGAUAGUGACAAGACUGAACCAUCAAAAGCUCACCGAUUUGAACGAUAUCUGGACAGGUGGCAUAUACCCAAUGUGCCAUCAAUACCACCGCCGUCGCCACCGGUACUCUCACCUCAGGAUUCUGUUAACGACGAGAUGUAUGAAGAAAUUGAACAGUUAACCUAUAUUGAGGAGAAUGGCGAAAUUGAUAAAACGAAUGUGCUUAAUGAGCAGAUCAAUGGGGUCUCAGUUCAGGAAGGAAAUUGUGACAAAAGUAGACAGGAUGAAUGUCAUUUUGAUGAACAAGGAAACAAAUUAAAUGAUAGUAUUAAUGGCUAUUCGAGUAGCAAUCAUUUUGGAGCAACGUCGCGAGUGUCAGAUGAGGAGAAAUAUUACUUGAAUAACAAAGAAAGUAAUAUGAAGAUAAAUGAAAAAGCAAUUGCGAUGAGAAGGCCAAGAAGUGCUUUGGAAUUCGAUAAAUUGCUGCGAAUUAAAUCCGAUAUUCAAUUAAAUAUCACGAAAAAGGUUGGCCAAAUCAAAUUCAAAGUAAGCUCAGCGUCACGAGAAAGACAACGUUUUAAACGUCUUUCAUCGAUAUCAUAUACUGAUCGAGAAAAAUUAAAAAGCCAUAAUGAUGAUAAUAUUUUGGCUCAAAUAGACUUCCCAUUGGAUGAACAAUGUAUUUAUGGUGAUGUUUGGUCUUCGGAUGAGGACGAUUAUGCUUGCGCUACUGAGAACAAUUCCUAUAAACCAGAGCAAGCAAAAAAUCGAUCUGAUGAAGUGAUUAAUUUUGGCAAGGAUGUGCCAGAUGAAUCAUAUUCGAUGUUGUCAGAAAUUGAGCGUGAACUUCGUAUCCGAUUUCAGGCUCAUGAUAAUCUUCCUGGUGA